GCGUUUCUAGGGUAACGGCUGCAGUUUGGGAACUGUUCGGUCACCACCACAGAAAUCUGUGAUUUACAAAGCAUUAUUCAUAUUAUCGUGGUACAAGAUGGCUUCUAUUUGUCCAACUAAAUUAUCAGCUAGUCAGCAAAAUAGAAUGAUAACCAAUAUUACUCAAAAGGAAAUGAUUUAUAAAGAAUUUCUGGAAAAGUUGAGUAAAGAAAAGUCUGUAUUGGACAAAGUAAAGGCUGAUGAAAUGGCAGCAAAGAAGCGCCUCCGAAGAGUAUUACAGGAGAUGGAACAGGAAAAACUGAUGGAAGAAGCAAUUUUAAUGACAGAAAAGAGAAAAAUACUGAAGGCCAAGCAGUUGGAGCAAGAGGAAAGGAUAGCCAAGGAGCUAGAAAGAAUAAAAUAUGAAAAACUAAAAGAUGAAAAAAUGAGGCAGCAUAUUCGAGAAAACAGUCUUGAGCUUCGUGAAUUGGAAGCCAAGUUAAAGGCUGCUUAUGUGAGUAGAGAAAGAGCUGCCCAGAUAGCUGAAAAAGAAGCAAGUCGGUUUGAGAAGAUUAAACAAGAGGCUGAGCUUGCUAAAUUAAUGAAGAAGGAACAUGAAAGGGCCACAGCAGAGGAAGCUAAGGAAGAACAGAAGCGCCGUGAACAAGCCUUAAAAUAUCAGAAGGAGCUUGAAGUGCAAGUUGAUGAAAAUGAACAAAGGAGACAGGAAGCAUAUGAUGAAUUCUUAAAAGAUAAACUAAGGGUAGAUGAAAUUGUAAGGAAGAUCUAUGAUGAAGAUCAGAGUGAAAGAGAGCAGAAGAUGCAGAAGAUGAAGGAAACUCAGAGGUACAUUGAGGAGUUCCAGAAAAAACGAGCCGAAUGGAAGCAAAUGGAACGGGAAAAAAUGGAAGCAGAGAACAGAAAGAUAUUGGAGUUUGCAAAUGCACAAAAGAACAGAGAAGAUGAAAGAAUGGCUAGAGUUCGAGAACAAGAUCAGCGUAAAGAAAUGUUGUACCAAAAGCUUGCUGCAGAAAUUGAAAAGGAACGCCGUGAUCAUGAGGAAUUGGAAAAUGUCAGACAAGAAUUGUAUCUAGAAAAAGUAGAAGAGACUCGAAGACAACAAGAAGUCGCAGAUUUGGAAAAGCAAAUUUGUCAACGCCUUGAAUUACAGCAGACAUACCAAGAACAAAUGGCUUUCAAACAGAAGCGCCUACAGGCAGAGAAGGAGGAAGAAGAUGAGUUACGGAGAAAGAUGAUGGCUAAACUUGCAGAGGAUGACCAUAUUGAGCAGAUGAAUGCACAGAAGCGACGUAUGAAACAGCUUGAACAUAAGAGGGCUGUGGAGGAAAUCAUUGAAGAUCGACGCAGACAAUUUGAAGCAGACAGAAAUCGAGAACUUGAAGAACGCCAAGAAGAAGAGAAGAAGGCAGCAGCUCUUAAGGCUAUAAUUGAGGAAGAAAGACAGAAACUUCUCAAACAGCAUGCCAGUAAACUACUUGGUUACCUUCCAAAGGGUAUAUUUAAAGAUGAACAAGAGCUUGAGCUGUUCGAUGAUGCCUUCAAAGAGAAUUUCAAGAAAAGAAAUGCCAACCUGUCUUCAGAUGAAGGAUGGGAUUGUUCAACCUUAAACUAAUUGUUGUAUUUCAUUUCAUAUAGCAAAUUUAUCUGAGAUAGCGACAUAGGCUGGUGUCCAUUACUCUUGGACAUAAAUUUGUAUUGAUUCCCUUUUAAUAGGAGAGUUGAAAAUGUACCUGAUAUGAAUGCUGAGGGUUUACUUCAUAAA